UCUUCUUUCUAUCCAUUCAGUAAGUUGCGAUUUUCUGUGUUCAUUGUAUCCGAUGAGGAGUGUUCACUUUAACCGAAUCAUCAUAGUGUUUAUUUGUAAUGUACUACGUGAAUCGAGACCAGUGAUAAAACUGAAAGUUCACUAAAUACAACUGCCUGUUGAUGAAGUACGUGUCCUGGAAAACUGCCACAACUUAACUCGUAAAGAUUGCAAUUUUCUGUUGGUAAUUUAAUUUUUCUCUAACACUGAACUAUUCAAACAAUAGAAGAGUGUCAUACCUUAAUUGUGGCUUUUUUCUAAUACACAUCGCAUGCAUAACCACAUCUCGAGAUAUAGCAGUGUGUUUGUUCCUGGCAGCCAUGUUGCAGUGUGAGUUGCAGUGGCAGCCAUCUUGGUUUGUUGUGUCUUGAAAGAAUAAACGCGAGAAGCAGUGGACUUGUGGGUAAUGAUGAAAAACCAAAAGUAACUGGAGUAGAGUUCAAAGAGGCCUAUUAUAUACGGAGAGCUGCAUUACGAAAAAUAGAAGAAGGUAUUUUGGAUGACUCUGAUGUUGAUAAAACAUAUCAUUGUGAACACGAUUCUAGUUCCAAAUUUGAUGAGGCUCAUUUUCGAAAGAAAAACUUAAGAAGAUAUGCAGAAAAGCAUCUUGGUCAUAAUGACAUAAUGUUAAUCA